UCUCUCCGUAUACCUCCCCCUCCUCCUUCCACGCUUUUCUCGCUCUCUAUCUCCGUUUCAAUAAGGAUACGUGUUAUCUCAUAUAUUGUGCAGUGGCACGGUGUUCUGCGUGUUUCAGUGUGACGUGGAUGGUUGGAAUAGUGGUGCGGUGGUACAGGUGCAACGAGGAGAGGCGAAGGUGUAGCUGGAGGAAGGCUGGACGGAUUGUGGAGUGGUGGGGAACAUCGAGCAUCAGGGGAACUGGAAGCACCAACAGGAGCAGCAAAGUCCUUGUCGUACUAAUCUUCAGGAUCAUUUACUUGGAUGGUAUUAGGUGGAGGAGGAGGAGGAGGCUUGUCAACAUGGAGGAGUGAAGUGUAGCCUUUUUUGUGAUCCAUAACUUGCUGCUUUGCCUCUACACCAUCUUACAGCGUCAUGGCGGAACCUCACCAACCACUCUAUCCAGACAAGGUGAACAAGGUGACACAGACAGUAUUUGAUGUAGUCCAGCAUCCACAGCAGCAUCCUGGUACCACCUACGGGACUGUGACACAUUUUGAUGACUCUAGUGCUGCCAAGGAACAGAAUAAACUGCGCUCCCAGAUUGAGAUGUGGCUACAGUCUGGAGAGAAACCAUAUGAAUGUGAAUCCUGCCAUAAGCGGUUUGCUCAGAAGAGUCAUCUCAACUCACAUAUGUUAGUGCAUACAGGAGAGAAGAAGUAUGAGUGUGAGCUGUGUGGCAAAAAGUUCACAAUGGAGAGCCACUUGACAGGGCACAUGCUAGUUCACAACACUGAUAAGAAGUUUGACUGUGAAGUUUGUGGGAAGCAAUUUGUGCAGAAGAGCCAUCUCAAUGGACAUAUGUUGGUCCACAGUGAGAAGAAGUUUGGCUGUGAGAUCUGUGGUAAGCGUUUCAUCCUGGAGAGUCACUUGAACAGCCACAUGUUGGUUCACAGUGAGAAGAAGUUUGCGUGUGAGAUCUGCAACAAACGUUACUUUCACAAGAGUCACUUGAACAGCCAUAUGCUGGUCCACUGUGAGAAGAAGUUUGAAUGUGAGGUGUGUGGUAAACGGUUCAUCCAGCGCAGCCACCUCAAUAGCCACAGAUUUGUGCACACAGAGGAGAAACGGUUUGAGUGUGACAUAUGCCACAAGCGGUUUGCCUUGGAGAGUCACAUGAAUUGUCACCGCAUAGUGCACACUGAGGAGAAGCGGUUUGAAUGUGAGGUGUGUGGGAAGCGGUUUGCCCAGAAGAGCCACCUGAAUAGCCACCACUUUGUACACAGUGAGGAGAAGCAGUUUGAAUGCAAGGAAUGCGGCAAGAGGUUUACACAGGAGGUUCACCUUAACAGUCACCGAUUCAUCCAUAGUGAUGAGAAAAAGACAGACACACAAGACUGGGGGAGGCGUUUUGCACAGGAGAACCACCUCAAUGGCCAUCGGUUCUUCCACAACGACCUGAAGCGGUAUGAAUGUGAGAAGUGUGGUAAGAGGUUUUCCAUGAAGAGCCAUCUUAACAGCCACAAGUUCAUUCACAACGAGGAAAGAAAGUAUGAGUGCUUGGAGUGUGGCCGCCGGUUCACCCAAAAGAGUCAUCUCAACAGUCAUCGGUUUGUGCACAGUGAGGAGAAAAUGUAUGAGUGUGAUGAAUGCGGUAAGCGGUUUGCUCAGCAGAUUCAUCUGAGCAGUCACCAGUUUGUGCACAGCUUGGGCAAGAAGUUUGAGUGUGAUGAGUGUGGGAAGCGGUUCAGUCUGGAGAGUCACCUCAACAGCCACAGGUUCAUGCAUUCUGAGAAGAAAGGCUUUGAUUACCAAGAGUAUGCUAAGCUGUUCACACAGAAGAACCAUGUGAACAGCUUGGUCCUUGUCCCCAAUGUGCCAAAUGUCUCCAAUGUAUCUAAUGAGAACAAGGUCACAAACUAUGAGGAGGCCAAUAAGAUUUUCAACCCACAGCCAUACCAACCUGCCUAUCCUUAUGGUCAGCUAACAGGCCAACUCACGGACAAAGUGAGAACUCUUUGGCCACUGUAAUAGAGUUUAUUGUUCUUUCAUUGACACAGGCCUGAAAGAGUGCCACAGACCUGAAACAGAAAGCAUGGGAAGAAUUGAAAGAUAUUCUUUUAGUAACAUUUUUCUUUUCUCACUGACUAAUGUAAUGAUGAAAAGAAAAAAGGAAACCAACGUUAAUCUCUUAUGGUGAAACUUUGAUGUGUAAUGUGUGUAGAGUUGAAAACUACCAAAACUUUAUAGUACUUUUGAAGUCCCAGACAUGUUUUGAACAGUGAAAUCCUGACCUACAGGGCUAGUGUCAGUGUGUGUAUGUAUACAUGUUUGUAUGUAUGUAUACUGCAGGAUUGAUUUGAGAGGUAACUCUAAGUGUAAAUACUCUCACAAUAUGCUGAUUAUGUAGACUUAGAAAUUAUGGCCUCUGAUCCUAGACUAAGAGAGGGGCUGUGUGUGUGUGUGUUUGUGUGUGUGUGUGUGUGUGUGUGUGUGUGUGUGUGUGUGUGUGUGUGUGUGUGUGUGUGUGUGUGUGUACACAGAACAGUAAAGGUACCCAUUACUAAUGCUGUAGUAUGUUCAAUCUUUGUGUAUCUUUUACCAGAAAUACCUUAGCUAGAUGACUUAACUGACUGACUUACUAAUCAACUAACUGAAAUACUGACAUACCUGACCAAUGGACUAAUUAGCUAAGUGACUGCUACUUCAUGCCACCCUCACAGUGAGGUUAUGUAAUUUGAAGGCGUUAAAAAUCAUUUCAAAAUUGUGAAAGUUACUGCCAACUGAGAAAGGGUUAAGAAAGUAUAGUUGACAUUGCAUAAAAGUAGAUAAGAAUUAUUUAUCAAUAGAAGGAUGUGACCUAUGCAAAAAAUCAACUCUAAGGAUUCAAGCUAGUUGUAAUUAAACAUGAAGGUAACUUAAUGAGGAAUUGCAAAAGGGGAUGUAGCAAGACUCCUUGUGGUCUUUCAUUUAUAAAUCUAUGCUUCCAUAGUUAUAUUGGAAGAGAUACUAGCAGUAUUUAAGGAUGAGGAACAACAAACAAUCUUCUUUCUGGUAUGUUUAAAAAAAAAAAUUAUUUUUAUUUAUUUAUUUAUUUAUUUAUUUUAUUUAUUUAUUUAUUUAUUUAUUUAUUUAUUUAUUUAUUAUUAUUUUUUUUAUCACUGUAUGAUCUUUGCCAACUUUCAAUAGCCUUCUAGUGAAAAUAUUUUGACCUAGUUUGAUUUGGCAUGCUGCUCUUGUUUUGUGUCACUUGGGAUGUGACCUCCAUGGAGAAGCUCAAACUACUUUUGUCACCUUGGAAAAUACUAAAAGCCAUAUUAUCAGAUAACCUCUUCUCCCUUUUUGACUGGAAACCACUCUUUAUGGUCACGAGAAGGCUCCAUGAGCAGCGCAUGAGGAGGUAGGGCGACAAAAAGGCUGACUAAUGGUGCUCUUUUACGAAAAGCAUCCUAGUAAUACCUCUUUGCCAACUUCUUUGCUUAUUUCAUGCUUAAUUGCAUUGUUUUUGUGUUUUUGUAUUAGUAAUUGGUUAUAGGAUAAGACCUAGGCAUCAUAUGAAGAAUUGUAUCUUGCAAGGAAUAUUUUUCACUGUGUUAAAGAAGUGCAAAGCAACUGUCACUUGUCCCAGUAUAGGCUAUUACAACGCAGCCCUGGGUUCCUUGCUGAGUAUCCUCCAUCUGCCACAGAACUGGUGUCAUCAUCUACCACCUCAGCUGUUAUUUUUUUAUUUUAUUUUAUUUUAUUUUAUUUUAUUUUAUUUUAUUUUAUUUUUAUUUAUUUAUUUUUUUGUUAGUUAUGUACAUCCUUUAUUAUGCUUUUUAUUUCAUUUAUUGAAUACAAAUUUUUCUCAUAUAUGUGAGUCAUGUAGAGCCAAAGGGGUGAACUUGCCAUUUCAGCAUAUUUUAGUUAGGGGUAGAAUGAGAUGACUGGCAUAGGUUGCUAAAUAAAAUUCAACCAUGCGGUAGAGAUACAGAUGGUUUAAUACCAUGAGGUUUUUUGUGAGUAAAUACAAAAUUACAACACUUUAAAGAUUCAUAUCUUAAAACAAUGUUUUUGUGAGUUUGCCCAUUUGGCUCUAUGCGCCUCCCAGGUGGCAGUGAUUCUUUCCACACCAAACCUAUUAUCAUGGAUUUGCUUUACUCUUUUUGCUUCUAAGAACAUGUCCCAAUCUUAUAGUCAGGCAGCAGUACACUGCAUCUCUUCCUUACUGCUUAUGGCCAACUCUACAUAGGUAAAAUGAAUAUGUUGCUUCGCACUAAUGGAGCAGCAGUCAAACUGGAGUUUGGCCAGCUUCAUUUGAAAAUGUCCCAGUGGCAGCCAACAGAAGGACUUGUCUAGUAUUUUCUGUUAACCCUAGUGUUUAUUACCAUAUUUCAUAUUGUUUUACGUAAUUAUGAAUCACAUUAUAUUUAUAUUAUUUCAAUAUAUGUAAAAUGCAUUAAUUUUCUAGUUUUCAAAAAUUGUGUGAUUAGCAUGAAUAUGAACACAGUAAUGAACAGCCUCUCUGCUAGAGAAAUCCGCUAAUACGUUGACAAGAAGAGUUUUCUUGAAGAUUCUCUGAAGAAAGGAUAACAGGCAGACUUAUAAUCCUGCUGUAAAUUAGGUCAAGUUCAGGGAAAGAUGAAAAUAUGACGGUGACUUUAUAUUCAAUUGGAGAAGUGCAGCUAUGACCAGGCAUUUUUCUUUUUAUGAGUGUAGUUGUAUGCUAUUGCAUACGCACUUAACGAACUUUUUACAUUCAGCUACAACAGUCUUCAAAUUGACUUAAAACUAUUUCUCUUACUUUGCACAUGAUUGGAUGGUGACUAAUAAAUAGGCUGCUUAUUGCUUUAUUUGAACAUACAUGAAUAAUGGAUGGCAAAGCUGGUUGCAUGGAGAAUGUUUGGAAUGAGAUUGCAUUUUGUUGUAUUGAUCCAAAUGGCCCUUGGUAAAGUUUAUGUUGUCACUUUGUAAAUUGUUAUCUUCAGCUGUCAUGUUGUUUUUGCCUUAUUUCCUGCACAACUUUAAAAUCUUGUCUCAUGUUACGUCUUUUUUGUCCAAGGUUCAAAUGACGAUCUGAACAGUCUCAGUACUACUUGUUUGCUUGAAUAAUUCAGUUAAUUUUCUAGCCAAUUUCCUUCUGUCUUGACCAAUGGCUCAGCAGAACAAUGUAACAAGUAUUCUUCAAACUUUUGGUGUGCUUGGUGGAUGUAGUAACAUCUUUCCUACAAACAUUACAGGAUGGCAUGAUCCCUAAUUUUGUGUGAGAAAAGAUUUUCCUGCUUUUAGAUAAACAUAAAUUUUCUUCACUGGACUUACCAACAGCCUGCUCUUUUCUUGUCCUUUUUGUUCCUACAAGGCCAUCAGAAGUCGUAUGUAGGACAGUAGGUACUGCUGAGGAACAUGAUGGAGCUUAUUGAUGUAGGUCACAGUGCGGCACAUUUUAUAUGUAGUUGAAUGAAUGUUGCUGUGUAAGAGGAGAAAAAGUGAUGGAAGCUGCCCUAAAUACAUUACUUAAUAUUAGCCUCUACUCAUGCUUCUCUCGAAAGUAUAUAUUGUAUAAAAAUGCAAGCAGUUCGCUGUAUAUUUAAUAAAGCACAAAAAGAG